AUUUCGAAGAGGGAAGUUGGAUGCAUACGAAAUAAACUUAUUCAUUCUCCUAGCUUUUAUUGACCCUUUUUAACAGAAUAGAUGUCAGCGGGAGGAUUAACAGAGGAACAAAGGAGGAGAAUUGAAGAAAAUCGUCGAAAAGCUCUCGAGAAACGAGCGGCUCUCCAGGAUCAACGACAGCAGCAAGCGCCAUUAGUAAAAGACAAAGCUGAUGGUAAUCGUAAUGUUACAAACCUAAGAGGCUCUAACGUAAAUUCACAGAAAAUUCCAGCAGGCUCCUUGGCCUCUACAUCUAAAACCUUCAACUCAGCAGGAACGAUAAAUUCCUUUCAAAGAUCGAUCUCCAAAUUUUAUUGUCCUCAGACUCCUUCAUCCACGAGAAAUUUUAAAGACACUAGUCCAUGCAAAUCGUCUGGUGGAACAGCAACUACAACUAAAUCAACUUCUUCAAGAACAAGUCCAAGAGCAGGAACAUCAAAGCCAAAUACUGGUAACGUUUCGAAUUUUAAGGGGAAUUCAGAGAAGCAAGUGAAGGGGAACUGUACACUGAUCAGCAGACACCGAUUUACCGUAGUGGUUCCUUAUCAAGCACAGCUCAUAGGAAUUUUCAAGACUUUGCCAAGCAGAAAUUAUGAUGCAAAGACAAGGCAAUGGGACUUUUCUUUGACAGAUUAUGAUAAGCUCAUGCAAACGGUUCACUCCCUAUCCCCUGAUAUUACAGUGGAAGGAUUACCUAAAGCAGUGAGAUCAACAUUUCUUAAGACUACUCCAGGCACUCUGGAGGAAAUGCCGACCAGUGAUAUCAAUUUAAACUCUGUGGAUCACAAGCUUGUUAAAGCACUGAUGCCAUUUCAAUUAGAAGGAGUUAGUUUUGGAAUACGCCAUGAUGGAAGAGUGUUGAUUGCUGAUGACAUGGGACUGGGAAAGACAAUCCAAGCCAUCUGCGUAGCAAGCUAUUAUCGCGUUGAGUGGCCCCUACUGGUUAUCACACCAUCCUCUCUCAGAAUAGCUUGGCGAGAGGCCUUUAUCAAAUGGCUCCCCUCUGUUGACCCAGAAGACAUUAAUGUAGUCCUUACUGGAAAGGACAAUCCAACUGCUGGGCUUAUCAAUGCAGCCACUCGUGUGAUCCUGUUAUCUGGAACCCCAGCUCUCUCGAGGCCGUUAGAGCUGUACACCCAGAUCUGUGCCGUCCAGCCAUUGUUAUUUCCCAUGUUUCAUCUGUUUGGAAUCCGCUACUGUGCCGGCCAACAGAAUCGGUUUGGUUGGGAUUUUUCAGGCGCAUCCAACAUGCAGGAGCUUCAACUACUGUUGGAGGAAAAGAUGAUGAUCAGCAACAAGAACAACACGGAGCCCUUCUCAAAUAUUUCUUUGAAACAAGCGCCAGCAAAAUUAAGUAUAAGUUCAUUCGUAUCGAUGGCAGCACACCAGCAGGAGUUCGGCAGAGUUUGUGUGAUCAGUUUCAGCAAAACAAAGAGUGUUUAGUCGCUGUUUUGUCAAUCACAGCCGCGAAUACAG